AUGUCCUCCGAACGUGGGGGGAUCAACCCCACUUCCGUCUACGGCUUCGUAUCCUGGAUCGUAAGCUUCGUUCUCAUAGUCGCAUACGUGGUCUGGGAAUUCGUUCCCGAUGACCUGCUGUACUCCUGGGGCAUUACCUACUACCCUUGGAAGUACUGGGGCGUCGCUCUCUUUCUCAUGGCGCCAGUGGUGUCACCCGCCUACCCAUUUCUAAUCAUGUCUGUCGCCCUCAAAAAUAAUCCCAAAAUAGAAAGCAGGCAAUUCGUCGACGACUCACUUGGAGAGAUUAUGGUGCCGGGAGUCAAACUAGCAACAGGUGAUCUCGACCCCAAAAUAGUAAGGUCAAUAAGGAAGAGAUUGAUCAUUAACCACCUCAAGCAAAAAUACGGGUGA